UGUGGUGUGGUGUCUCUCAUUUCCUGCCUGAAACCAGGCGGGGAAUAACUUCAUUGUGCAAAGCAGCAACAAGGCCCUGCAAUAAAAAUGUCUAAAAUGGAUGUUGUUUCUGCAUGUUUUUCAGCGAUCUGAUCUUUACAGACCAGCCUUCUGUUCGUGUGAAGUUCAGAAAGCAAUGAGACCAAUGUGCAAUAAGGUAACUGCAUCACUGAAAAACUGUCACCAUUCACAAGACAUUAGCAGUCAACGGUGUCUUAGCAGCUGUCCGGAUUUUGCCAUGACACCCACCAGAAACACACAGAGGUCAAAGGUGGCGACAGAUGGGUAUGACCAGAAACUGGACCAAAGGGUAGCCAAGCACGAAUUCCUGAGAGAUCGCAACAAUGUGACGAGCUGCCGGAGCCUGGCUCGACGGCACGACGCGGAAUGGAGACGAGCCGAGCUGCAGCAGAAGCGGCAGACGGAGUUUUGGAAGCGGCGGCAAAUUGAGCCCACGGUGGUGCCGUCAGCGAUCGAGGAGGACGUCCAAAACCCACCUAAAGUGAUUCUGCGGGAAAAGACGCGUAAAGCCGACCCACUGGAUAGACGAUCGCUGGUCAUGGCAGAAGAUUUAGGGAUCACAUGGCCUGACGUUACCUCCAUAGAAAAGGCCCCAUGGUUGAAGCCAAUUCACAGCAGACGAGAGAAGGUACUGGGGAGGGAAGGAGUGAGCAGAUCUCAGCAUGGCCCCCCAGGACUCAGUCAGCACUCCCCGCUGGAGAGGAUCAGAGCAGCAUGGCAGACAGGGGCUCAGAAGCGGGAUGGAGAGCUGAGUUCCCAGCGCCCACAGCGGGAUGCUAGUGCUCAGACAGAAUCUGGCCUUAUAACUAUCAGGAAAUCGGACCUGCUCCAGUUGGCUGACUACUUACAGGAGGCCCUGUGGAGGGAGGAGAAUCUGAAACAGAAGCUCGUCAUCCUUCAGAAGAGUACCUCCACCCUGACGAUGUCUUCAGACAAGCUGUGGACGACACGCUGCAAUGAGGACCUGACGAGAAGUCGGAUCGAGACCCUAGAGGCGCAGUUGGAGUUGUGCACGCAGGAAUUCAGGUGGGAUGGAGUGAAAAAGCUGAUGCUGCAAAUGGAAGAGCAGAAGCGGACAUAUGAGGAGAAGGCGCUGGAGGCCCUGCAGAAGGCCAUCGACGAGAAGGUGCAGGCGGAGAAGCAGGCAGAGAGCCUGGAGGAGGCGCUGAAGGCUGCCCUGCUGGAAUCAGAACGGUGGAAGAGCUUGUCCCAGCAGCUGAAGAAGAGCUCUGAAGAGCUAAUGAGAAGCCAGGAGCAGACAACUGACAGGCUGCACCAGCUACAGAGUGAACUGGAGGUAAACAGAGGGCUUUGCAUUUUUUUUCCAGAGAAACUCUGCCAAUAUGAAGAGCACAGUUUAAGUGGAAACUUCUUCCAAAGUGCCGGUUGUGACACGUGGCAGGCGUGCAGCCCAGAGGACAAGCCGGGUGCUGAGCCUGACCAGGCCGUGAACCUGCCCCCCAGUGCCGAGAGCGAGAUGGAGGCCCAGCUGCAGGACACCCAACAGAGGCUCAGCCUGAAGGAGAGAGAGUGCAAGGACCUGCGAGCUGAGCUGGAAGCUGUGGAGCACGAAUGUCACACCUGUCUGUUCCGCCUGGCCCAGUGUAGAGAGGAGCUCAGACGUUUGAAUGCCCGCAGAAGACCGAGCUGCGGCUGCUCCUGGCUGGGCCUGUGUCUCCUCAUGGCCGUGGUGAUGGGCACGCUGGCUGUGGUGCUGCUCUACCAGCCCGUCUACGGCGAGCGCCUCCAGGAGGUCUGCCGGGGCCUGAGGCAGCGAGUGGAGAGCUACAUGCGGGAGGCAGCCUUGCCGGGCCACUCUGGAUGCUACAGACCGGUCUGAUAACACUGCCCAAGGGAAAGGGAGCGUACACACUGCGCUUCAAUCUCCAGGCGUGUGUCACUUGUGAGGAACGUCUGGGAGCACGCCAGAGACUGAAGAAAGUGUUAUGUUCAGCCUCUCAAGCUAAUGUUAAUUCGUCAGGCCCUAAAACUACUGUCCUCCUGUUAAUAUGCAGCAUACAGUGAUGUAAAACACAUAAUUCACGAUUAUAAUUUUUCUGUUUUGUUAAAACUACUUAUUGCUUUUUCUGCCAUAGAAGUCUUUAGUCUCUCAGCCUUUCUGUAUAUGACAUUUCACACACAGCAAGGUCUUGAUAGUCGUUGAAUUGCUGUAUUUUUCAAGUGGUAAGAGAGCUCAUAUUUUAGGUAUUAUAUAGCUAGAAAUGGUAGACGGAGCUGAACCUUUGUAUUUCGUAUCAUUCCCUGCCAAUUUUCAGUCUGCAUUUUUUGAUAAUGUAUGCCUGUAAUAUUACAAAAGCACUCUGUAUAAACUGACAGUUUUUGGGGGGUUUAGUGAACCCUUUGACUCAACGUCCAUAGAGGAUGUUAAACCUUCCAUCCUGUCCUGGUUAGCAAGUGGGAGAUUGCUGGCAGAUGGGGGGCGGGGGGGAGGCGC